AGGGGUGUGGCCCUCAUGGACCUCAACAAGCGUCCUCUCUGGAGCUCAGAUCAGAGGCACGAGAGGAAGAUGUGGCUCAGGAUUCGGUCGUACUCCCAACACCCCACCUCAGCACAACACACAGGGAAUGGGGGGAUCCUCCAAGAUCUUCCAAGGUUGGCUGCCAUGGUGCCCUCGGGGCUGCCGCCAGCGGCCUGCGGGACUCCACUCAUCUCCCUGCUUCUGGUCUGCUGUCUGCUGCUCCCAGGUGCCCCGGGACAGCAGUUCCAGCUGAGGGCGGAGGUCCAGAGCCCUGUGGUGCCUGCCGGAGGGUCCUUCUUGGUCAACUGCAGUUCAGAUUGCCCCAAUCCUGAACUCAUCACCCUAGAAACAUCCCUAUCCAAGGAGCCAGUGGGCAAUGGCCUGGGCUGGGCGGCCUUCCAGCUCAGCAAUGCGACUACUGACAGCCAGGUCCUCUGCUCCGGCUUCUGCAAUCGGGUCCAGAUGAUAGGCUCCUCUAACAUCAUAGUGUACCACCGCUGUGACCAGUUUCUUAUGCUUCCUGCCAGAGUUUCUCUGCAUUUAAAGGAAUCCAGUAGAUCAGAAAAUAGAGUACAUCACUCAUGGUCCCUAUGGUUUCGUGAAGCCUUCAUAGAGAAGCGUGGGUUCCCGGAGCGAGUGGAGCUGUUACCCCUACCCCGUUGGCAGCCCGUGGGCGAAAACUUCACUCUGCGCUGCCAGGUGGCAGGCGGGGCGCCCCGGACCAGCCUCACGGUGGUGCUGCUCCGCGGGGAGGAGGAGCUGAGCCGAAAGCCGGCCUUCGGGGAGCCCGCCGAGAUCACGGCCACGGUGCUGGCGGGCAGAGACGACCACCUCGCCAAUUUCUCCUGUCGCAUGGAACUGGACCUGAGGCCCCAAGGGCUGGAAUUGUUCCAGAACAGCUCGGCCCCCAGGCAACUUCGAACCUUUGCACUGCCCGUGACCACUCCACACCUCGUUGUCCCUCGGUUCUUGGAGGUGGGAACGAAUUGGUCCGUGAACUGCACCCUGGACGGGCUGUUCCCGGCCUCCGAGGUCCAGGUCCAACUGGCGCUGGGGAACCAGACGCUGAAUCCUACAGUCGAGAGCCACGGGGACACGACCACAGCCACAGCCACAGCAAGCGUGGAGCAGGAGGGCGCCCAGGAGAUUGUCUGCAACAUGACAUUGGGGAGCGACAGCUGGGAGACCAGGGAGAACUUGACCAUCUACAGCUUCCAGGGGCCCAUCCUAAACCUGAGUGAGCCCAGCGCCCCCGAGGGCACCGCAGUGACUGUGACUUGCUUGGCUGGCGGAGCCCGAGUCCAGGUCGCGCUGGAGGGAGUUCCAGCUGCGGCCCCUGGACAGCCUGCCCAGUUUCAGCUAAACGCCACCGAGAGGGACGACAGGCGCAUUUUCUUCUGCAAUGCCACCCUCGAGGUGGAUGGGGAGAUCUUACACAGAAACAGCAGCGUUCAAUUGCGUGUCCUGUAUGGUCCCAAGAUUGACCAAGCCAAAUGUCCUCAGCGCUUGAUGUGGAAAGAUAAGACUAUCCAUGUCCUGCAGUGCCAGGCUCGGGGUAACCCGGACCCCCAGCUGCACUGUUUCCAGGAAGGCUCCGGGAAGGAGGUGCCCAUCGGGAUCCCAUUCCUCGUCAGGUUAAAGCAUAAUGGUACCUACUCCUGCGAGGCGGCCAGCUCACGAGGCAGACACACUAUAAAUGUGGUGAUGAACGUUCGGGAUCGGAACGCCCGCGCCGUCAACAUCGUCCUGGGGGUGUUUGUGGUCCUGGGCGUGGUGACUAUCAGCGCGGCCUUACUGUACGUCUUCGAUAUGCAUAAACGGAGUGGCGUCUACCGUGUGAACCAGGGGAGCACUUCGUUGCCUCUGACGUCUAAGCAGCCCGAGGAGGCUGUGGGGGAGGAUAAUUUAUGAGUCUCCAGCUAGGGGAAUGCUGGACCAAGGACGAUGGGGGUUUGGCCGUAUCCUCGGGUUCCGCACCAAUAAAACCCUCAAAAUCCGAA